CCGUGUUAACUUGCCGGCUCGUGUCGCGUCUAAAAUAUAAAAAAAUAACAGAAUAGAUAAUAAAUGCCCAGAAAGUGCCUACAAAAUGCUUUGCUACUCGGCGAUAGUGUGGCUCGUGUGGGCCCUUUCGGGAGUCGUGAUGCCAUCGUCGGUUAUUGGCCAAAUCAUUCCGUUGAACACCUUCUGCUACGGCCUGAGUGACCCGUGCACCUGUGCCGCUGAGGGCAACGUGGUUCGGUUCCACUGCCCGGACGAGUACGCUAUGCUCCUGGAGGUCUCCGAGUCGGGACCGUCGGUCUACAUGAGCUACUACGCCCAAGGAGACAUCCACUGGCUGCCGCGCUUCAACAUCAGCGAUGUGGUGAAGCUCGAGUUCGACGCCUACACCUUCUGGCCGGAGGUCUUCCUCAGCAACCUGCUGCAGGAGAUCGGAGUACUGAAUGUGAAGACGAUUCUGUUCAGGGACCGCACCUCGGAGACGGUGGUUACCCGGGACAGCUACAAUGUGGAUGGCAUCUAUGAGGGAUCAGGUAGUCUUCUAAACAUAACCACUUGGCAUUUUGGCUCUGUGCCGGGCCUGAAGAAAUUCCGCUUCUUCAGCGACGUGAAGGAGCUGCAGGAGAACAUCUUCUUGGGCUUCGACAGCCUCACAGACCUGCAGCUGAACGUGGAUGUGGAAAUGCUGCCAGGCAACUUGCUCUCCUCCGUAACGGGCACCUUGGAAACGCUGAUCAUUGAGACCCCGGGCAUGGUCAGCUUCGGAUAUCCGUUGCUCCGGGAACUACAGCAGUUACGGAACUUGAGUCUGACCCUCACGGAUCCGCUCCGGGGUCGACACAGCGAGCUGCAGCCCCAUCUGUUCGGGGCCAUGAAGCAGCUGGUGGAAGUGCGUCUGGCCCAGGCCACCACCCAGGUGACCCCCAAGAUGUUUCAGGGCUCCAGGAAGCUGCAGCUCAUCAAGAUCAAUGGAAACGAUGAUCUGACUAUGCUACCGCCAAGGAUAUUCCUGGAUCAAGGCGAGCUCUCGACUCUGGAUCUAUCCUGCAAUGCCAUCAGUCAGGUGGCCGACGAAGCCUUCAGGGGGCUGUUCAACCUAACCCUUUUGGAUCUGAGCAAAAACAAGCUCACGGAUAUAUCGAGCAAAAUAUUCGAGCCACUCGUCAAGCUGAAUGUCCUGCGGCUGAACAAAAACUCUCUGACCGCCAUGUCGCCCCGGGUGUUCGAGAACGUUAUCAGCCUGAACUACAUCGAAAUGGUGAACACCCAGUUCUACGGGGCCACCCUGAACAUGUCCUACGAGGCGGUUGUGUGCACCAACGACGAGUCCUGCCAGUACAAGUCCGCCGACUGGCAGUGCAACCAGCGCUGCAUCUGCUGGGUGCAGCGGAGCAUGGGUAGUCUGAUCGUGGAUUGUCGCGGCACCGACCUAAACGAGCUGCCCCUCCUGCCACGAACCACGCUGGUGCAAACGGUGCUGAAAGUGGGCAACAAUAGCCUCACCGAACUACCCGGGGUGGGUGAGCAUCCGGGCUACGCGAAUGUGAGUGGCCUCUUCCUGUCGGACAACAAGCUGACCGACUUGGGAACCGGAGACCAGCUGCCCGACAAUCUCACCUAUUUGGACGUGAGUCGCAAUAGUAUUUCGGCCAUCAGCGAACAGUUUGUAGAGUUCCUCCAAAUGGAGAACAACACGAUGACGAUGUCCCUAUCGGGUAAUCCUCUGGCCUGCGACUGUGAUGCCCUGUCCCUGCUGUUCUUCGUUCGAUCCAAUCCGCAGCGAGUGAAAGACAUCGGUGACGUGAUGUGCCCACGCCAGAAGAAGCCCCUCCAGCAGAUGGAGGCCUUUGAGCUGUGUCCGUCUUACGUCCUGCUGGUCAGCUGCGUGAUUGGCGGCCUCGUGAUAGUUGCCUGCCUGAUCACAGUCUUCUAUCUGAUGUUCCAAAAGGAGCUCAAGAUCUGGCUGUACAACAACAACCUCUGUCUGUGGUGGGUCUCCGAGGAGGAGCUGGACAAGGACAAGACCUACGACGCCUUCAUAUCGUACUCGCACAAGGACGAGGAGCUAAUCAGCAAGAUGCUGCCCAAGCUGGAAAGUGGUCCGCAUCCCUUCCGCAUUUGUUUGCACGACCGGGACUGGCUGGUGGGUGACUGCAUUCCAGAGCAGAUAGUCCGGACUGUGGACGACUCCAAGCGGGUGAUCAUCGUGCUCUCGCAGCACUUUAUCGACUCGGUGUGGGCGCGAAUGGAGUUCCGUAUCGCUUACCAGGCCACCUUGCAGGACAAGCGCAAGCGCAUCAUCAUCAUCCUGUACAAGGAGCUGGAGCACAUGAACGGCAUCGACAGCGAACUGAAGGCGUACCUCAAACUGAACACCUACCUGAAGUGGGGAGACCCGCUCUUCUGGAGCAAGCUCUGCUACGCCAUGCCCCACAACCGACGAGUCCUCAAGGGCCAAAAGAAACACGCGGGUCCUCUCAUCUGAGUCCUUGUUAGGACUCUGGAUAUAGAAAUAUACUCAUCCUCUUCCGCAGCCUCAAUAUAUUCUAAAAUAGUAUUUAUUUUACCCAAAACAUAGAUAGGAUUUAGUUAUUAAGUCAACAUUCGGAUGAGCUUUAUUUCGAAUUUAAAUCUUAACAAUUUCAACGAAAUUAUUCCAGUGAUUGGAGUACAACUUAAAGUGAUAAUUUUUCAAAUAAUUUUAAUAAAAUUAGGCAAUUUUAAUGU